AUGGGUCAAAUAGAGGAGCUUCCAGACGACUUUGACGAGCGCCUCAAUCUUAACGAACAGCCUCCAAGUACCGAGGUGCCUCCCUCCAAAAUCUACAAUGACGGCCCUUCUCCCGCCGUGGAAGAAACUCCCUUUCCAAUCAACGAAGAGAGGUUGAAGGAGCUCGAAAAUGACCCCAAUGCACCCAAGCUGCCGCCGGCUAUGGCGUCGGUCAAGUCACAUACCUCGGAGGAGCUUUUGAGCAUGAUGAAUAAAACCCCGCUGUUUAUGACCGAUAUCAAUCAGGCGGGCGACGAAAAUGGCGAAAAUCCCAUGCUCGACGCCAUACAAGCUCUCCAGAACGAAGGUACCCGUGGUGAAGUCGCCCAGAGCUACCGCGAGCAAGGCAACGAGGCAGCGAGAGAAAAGAGAUGGAUCGAUGCGAAGGAGUUUUAUACCAAAGCUCUUGCGGUAGUGACAAGUAAACUCGAUAAGUGGGAUAAACCAGAGGAUCCAAAGGAGGAGGAGAAGCUCCUGCGGCAGGUCGAGGAGGCUUCAUACAUCAACCGCGCUCUGUGCAAUCUGGAACUGAAAAAUUACCGUUCGACCACCCUCGACUGCGCCUCUAUUCUCAAGCUUAACCCGAACAAUAUCAAAGCUUAUUACCGUUCCGCGAUGGCGCUUUAUUCCCUCGACAAGCUUCCGGAGGCCGAAGAUGCCGCCUCGCGGGGUCUUGCCCUUGACCCCAACAACAAGUCGCUACAACAAGUGGCCGCCAAAGUUGCUGAUCGCAAGGCCACUCUGGAACGAAAGAAGGCGGAAGAGGAAAGGAUAGAAAAGGAAAAGCAGCUUCUCGGUACUGCACUACGUGCCAGACAGAUCAGGACUCGCAAGACAGCCCAACCGCCGGACAUGGAGGAUGCACAUAUUCGGCUGACUCCCGAUCCUUUGUCUCCCGAAAGUACCCUUGAGUUCCCGGCCGUGCUGCUGUACCACAUGGACGCCCAAUCAGACUUUAUUAAAACGUUCUCUGAGGCGACAUCUAUUCAAGAUCAUCUGGAGUACAUCUUCCCAUUGCCAUGGGACACCAAGCAGGAGUAUACGAUCAACGGUGUUGAUUGCUUCAUGGAAACCGUGACAGGGGGACUGAUCAAGGCCGGUAAGAAACUACCGCUUCUGCAGAUCCUUAGUGGGGGCAAGGUUGAAGUAGUCGACGAGCUUGUCAGGAUCUACGUGAUACCGACCUCCAAGAGUGCAAAAUUCAUCGCCGAGAUGAAAGCCAGAAAAGAGGGCUGA